AUGGAUCGCUUUGCUACGCUGGAACCCGUGAAGCUGUAUGCGACGGCUGCGACAUCUACUUUCCUUGGACGAGGUGGUCAAAAGCCGCCUGUGGUGCAGAACUUCGUUGGAAGACUACCGACAGACUUGUAUAUAUCAAUCCUUAUAUACCUGGCUAUUCCGGACGUAUCUGCAUUCAGCAGGACAUGCCGAAGACUUGCAGAAUUCUCUCGCGACGAGCGCGUCUGGGAGACGAAAUGGAAUAUGCUGGGUAUGGAAGAAAAUAAUCUCGACUUAAACAAAACACUUGACGAACUCGAAUCUCGUGCGAGCGGGAAAGGCGUAACCAGUCAGAUGGUUCCACCUCCUGGUCCCGUGUCCUCAGGGGUUUCAAGCGGCGGCGAUGAUGACUUUGGUGAAUUUACGUCGAGCUCGGGAAGUACAUCCCAGGAUCUGUUUGGUGCCUUUCAGGAAAUGUCCCUUUCAUCCCACCCCGCUGCCUUAUCAGGAACCUCUAAGCCUACGUUCAAGCAGAAAUUUAUUCGGGCGCAUAAGAUUCUCAAACCUCUCCUCCCGAACCUUUCCUCACCACCACAUCUUGUUCUUACGAGCUUAUUUCCUCCACCUUCUCCUCCUCUCCUCCACCAAUCACAAACUUUGCAUCUUCUUGCGCUCUACCUUUCACCGUCAGUACGGCCGGUGCAUAAUCAUGAAGUACUCUACACGUCUCUUCGUUCUGCAAUAGAUCGUUUCCAGGCUACCCUGUUGACUGCAUUUGAUGUUGCGGAGGGAAAGAAAGAUGAAGAAUCUAUGCGAGAAGCAGCACGAGCUAGUUGGGAUGUUUGGGAAGGACACCUUAGUGGCAAGGAUAUACCUGUGUCAGAGUGGGAAAUGGGUCGUGUUUGGGCAGAGAAGCGCGAGAUCUUUUACGAACAGGAAGAUUGGAACCCGUUGGAUAAUUUCAUCGAGGACACUCUUGAUUUCACCGCGAUGGAUUCUUUCAUUGACCAUAUUCUUGAAGCAAUUCGCACCGAUGGGGCGAUUGCUGUCAAUAUCUUUCCAGGUGCAUCGUGCGUUGUGCUAGGUUAUGCAGAUAAGGUUGCUCAGGAAGUUGUUAGUGAAUAUAUCACACCACUUCUCACCAAAGCGCGGGACGUCUCAAAUGAGGUAUAUCUCAGAGCGGCUGCAGCUGCUUUCAAGGAAGCGUGGCGUAUAGUAGACGUUCUACUACAGUUGAGAAAGGACGAUACAUACGUGACAUCUACACGGGCCGAGGAUGUUGUGUACCGGACGUUCGAACCAAAUAUGGAUGAAUAUCUUGAUGAAGAAGUGGAAACCCUUAAGCAAGUGUUCGAUGCCAUCAAUCGUGAUUGGGAGCGAAAGAUCUCGGCACAUACAGUAUCAGGUAACUCGAGCACGCCGACCACAGCGCGCUUUUUAGGCUCGCAUAAUCCUGCCCAGAUGAAGCGCACAGUCCUUGCUUCGUUUACGGAUGUGCUCUUACUUCCGGUAACGAUAGUACCCCGUACGGUUGGUGCUGUCGGCGCAGUUCUUACCACAGGAGGUUCGGCAGCUGUUCAAGGGAUCUCGAUGCUAAAUCCACAACGUUGGGCUACGCAAAGCUCUGGGAACCCCGGAGGUGAAUAUUCGAGAAACCUUGGAGGUGAAAAUGGCGAGAUGGUAUUUGAACUUGGUGACGAUGAAGAUGACGAGGAGCAAGAAAAGGAAAUAGUCUCAGUUGACAGAUCGUCAAUAUCGUCUUUCUCGCAGGCGACUCGCGAUGUAUCCGCCGUGUCAUCUGCUCCAACAUCUUUGCGUUCCGCAUCACCGGCUCCAUCCACUGCAACAGGCAAGAACGGUGUCGCAACGAACGGAUCGGCCCGUGGAAGUGUUGCGUCCUUCGACAAAAUGGACUUGCACCUCUCACUCGAUGUAGCGCUCGAGCUCAUUCAUGCGGAUCGAGAAUCACUAAAGCGAUUAGAGACAUUUGCUGGAUAUCCCGGCACAUGUGGGCAUCGCGUUCACGACACUAUCGAAGAGGUAUUCAUCCUCCUAUUGCAAGCGAUGGGAGAACGACAUGUUAGUCCGGGGUUCGAGAGGGCUACAGAGCAGAUGAGGACGUACAAGCCUGCAGAACAUGAGGAAACGACGAGUGUAGCUCCAUUGAUGCAGUUCUUUGAACUUGUACACAUUGGGGAUACUAUACAGAGCAUGGUUCAGGUGUUCUUCGAUAAGGAACUGGCUAUUCACAUCGACAAAACGGAUUUCUUGAAUGCAGUCGUUAGAGAAAAGAAGCGCUUCGAGAAUAUUUUGGACGACUCCGUCGCGGCAGGGAUGAACGCAGGCACAGAUGUACUCAUGAACCAGGUCGAACACAUCAUCAUCACGCUCACCAAAGCACGCGAGUACUAUCCAGUCGACGAGAGUGCGCUCGAGCUCGGGCCAACACAGGGCUGCAGAGAGGCCAUUGCCUGUCUCGACAUGCAUUGUAAGCUGCUACGUGGGAGUACGAGCAAAGAGGUACUUGAGGUGUUUUACCAGGAGGUUGGAAUCCGGUUGCUCGCAAUCCUACAUCGACAUAUAAAGCGCCAAAUCAUAUCCCUGGCAGGAGGAUUCCAAGUUAUAGCGGACCUUAAUGCUUACCAUAGCUUCAUUCAAUCUCUUAAGGUGCCGAGCAUCACCGCGGACUUUUCUAAUUUAAAGAUGCUGGGACACGUGUAUGUAGUUGAAGAUGCGAAGGAUCUUGCGCAGAUCGUCAGGGACGUGACACGGUAUGGCGGAGCGUAUCGACCUGAGGACAUCUACGAGUUCAUUCAAAGACGAGCGGAUUGGAAGAAAAUCGAGAAAACAGUAGAUAAAACGAUGUAUAAUUUGAGUUUUCGAGAGGACUGUACUAUUUGCUAG